AUGAAUUUUACAAUCUUAUCCCUCGCACGCACUAAAUCUUUAUCAUCUCCUAUUUCCCUCAGUGCCAGUACACAGAUGAGGAAUUUCAAACUUCAAAAUGCAAGGCUUUCAAUGUUUUCUCAUUCAUUUGCUCGCUUCAACAAUUUCAAAGGUUCUGCAUCAUUCGCAAACUCCAAAUUCACAAAUUUCAUGCAAUCUGUUGUUCGUUUUGACGCAAUUCAAUAUUCUGGAAAUCAAUAUACAACUCGUAUGUCAAUUACAACAAAUGCAUCUAAUUCAAUCGAGUUUGUAUCAUGCCUUUUCCAUGAUAUUAACGAAGCCGAAAACAACGGAGCCGCUAUUUACGCUUCACACGAUAAUAUCGACUUAUCAUUGAAUAAAGUCUCAUUCAGAAACUGCAGAUCACCACAGGGCAACGGUGGUGCUGUUUACUUCGAAGGCCAGAACUUCCAUUGCAAAGAAACAUGCUUCAUGAACUGUUUCUGCGAGUACAAUGGUCAGGCGAUCUACGCUUCUACAAUGAAUGAUGGAUACUUGACAUUCCAAGGCAGCAACAUCAACGAAUGUCCAAAUUCUCAUGAAAUUGAAGAAUCUCAUAAUUCUCCUUUAUUCUUAUGGAGAGGAUAUCAAACAGUAAAGCAGGUUAACUUCACAAACAACGUUGUCGGUGAUCUUUACUCAGGUCUUAACACAGAUGACUCAAAAUCUUUAAUUUUCACAGAUGCAUCACUUACAAACAAUACAGGUAACAUUCUCAUCGGUCUUGAGGAUGCCAGACACAAUGAUGACCUCAGUUUUGUCAACCUCGUUAACAAUAAAAUUUAUUCCUCAGAUUAUGGUUUAAUUUACUACACAACGAAGAUUACAUUAAGGAGUUUCGUAUUUGAAGGAAACUCUCCAUGGCUUUUCCAUACAAACGAUAAACUCGAAGCAGAUCUUAACGAUUGUGUCUUUGAUUCAGAUUUUUCAGCUGCUAACUAUAGCAACCAAGUUGUUGUUACAAAGAAUAUUAAGAUUGAUAAGGAUCCAAAGCUUUAUCCGAUUUCUAAAUUUGAUACACGUUAUUGCUGGGAAAUUAACCCACCAAAGCUCUCAGCCGGACCAGGAACAUAUGGAUUCCUUGUUUUCUUAGCAUUAUUUAUUGCUUUUGUUGGUUAUGCUCUUUUCAUUGGCUACCAAAAGUUAACUUCUAUCAAUCCUCAACCUCUUCUUCCUGCUUCUGAAGAUUCUUAUCAGAAACAAACUGAAUAA